AUGAAUAACUGCUUUUCUUGGAAAGCGCACCUUGAAGAACUCGUGAAAGAGGGUCACUACACGGAAUUCAUCAUGAAGCAGGCCAUCCAGCGAAUUGAGGACCGCGAUACCGCCAAGGAGCCACCUCAAAAGGUCAUAAGGAUUAACACAAUCCUAGCUGAUUCCGAGGAGUCUGGACUGACUAGCAAGGAAAACAAGAAGAAGAUCAAACAAGCCACUGUGAUCUCCCAGGUCUCCAUUAGUCUCUCAUUGGCAGAAGACGAUCCCGUGAUCGGCUUCCAAAAGAAAGAUCUAAUCGGCCUUGAUCUACCACACAAUAACGCCCUUGUCAUCAGCAUUCAAAUCGCUCAGGCCAUGGUCGAUCGAAUCCAUGAAGACGAGGGCAGUGCAGCCAAUAUCCUACAAUUGGCAGUCAUCCAGCAAAUGGGCUUAAAGACAAAGAUCAAUAAAUCAGCUAGGUCACUAACCGGCUUCAAUGGCGCAACAACAGUUACUGUGGACACGAUAGAUCUCGACGGCUACUCCCCACCUGUAAUCAGCUCGCAAACAUUCAUGGUCAUUAAUGAAGUCUCGCCCUACAAUGGCAUUCUGGGUAGACCAUGGAUUGGCAAGAUCAACGCCAUCAUCUCCGCCACACAUCAGAAAAUCCGCUACCCUAUCCUUGGGGGCGGUGUCGGUCAGAUCAACAGUUAUCAGGCAAUUGCGAGGAAAUGCUCAGCUCAAGGGCUGAAUAGAAGCAAGCAAACACAGUUCCUCCCUGUAAAUCUCGUUCCUGACGGCCGAGCAGAUCGAAAAGGAAAGGGAAUAGCCAAUCCCCAAUAG